AUGGACAAGGAAAACUGUACCAUGGUGACAGAGUUCAUUCUCCUUGGAUUAUCUGAUGUCUCUGAGCUGAAAGUCUUCCUCUUCUUGAUGUUCCUUCUCAUCUAUGGAGUCACAUUGUUGGCCAACCUGGGUAUGAUUGCACUGAUUCAGGUCAGUUCUCAGCUUCACAGUUCCAUGUACUUUAUCCUCAGCCACUUGUCCUUUGUGGAUUUCUGCUACUCUUCAAUCAUUGUGCCAAAGAUAUUAACUAAUAUUUUCAACAGGGACAAAGCCAUCUCCUUCCUGGGGUGCAUGGUGCAAUUCUACUUGUUUUGCACUUUUGUAGUCAUUGAGGUCUUCCUGCUGGCGGUGAUGGCCUAUGACCGCUUUGUGGCAAUCUGUAACCCACUGCUGUACAUGGCAACCAUGUCUCGGAAGCUCUGUGUAAAGUUGGUAUUGUGCUGCUACCUGUAUGGUACAGUGUGUUCUCUGAUUCACGUAUCCUUAGUUCGUGAGAUCCCAAUCUAUAGAUCCAAUGUGAUUAACCAUUUCUUCUGUGAUCUACCCCCUAUCUUAAGUAUUGCAUGCUCAGAUGUCACUGUAAAUGAGGUUCUGCUCUUCACUGUGGCUACUUUCAAUGAGUCUAUUACCCUCAUGAUCAUCCUAACCUCCUACUUGUUUAUUCUCAUCACCAUCCUGAGGAUGCAUUCAUCAGAUGGAAGGCACAAAGCCUUUUCUACCUGUGCCUCCCACCUCACAGCCAUCAUUGUUUUCCAUGGAACAAUCCUUUCCAUUUAUUGUAAUACCAGUUCAGACAACAGUGAGGAUGUUGAGAAAGUGGCUACAGUGUUCUACACUGUAGUGAUUCCCAUGCUGAACCCCUUGAUCUAUAGCCUCAGGAACAAGGACUUCAAAGAAGCUCUCAGAAAAGCAGUGGGCUCCAAAAUAUAUUAUUAA